CUGGAGGUGUACAAAGAUGCACCGUUCCAGAACUGGGGGCAGGACGUUGAAUACAUCCCAGCAUAUACGUGCAUUCCUACUUCUCCGGAUGGCAUUCAGCAGAUCGUCAAGUACGCCAAGUCACAAGACAUGGGAGUGAGAUGUGCUGGUUUUCGUCAUUCCUGGGCCCCCAUCUUCGGCCGCAAAGGACAGAUCACAAUCUCGCUCCUCCCACUGCACGAGGUGACCAAGCUCCCCAAUUUUACAGCCCUUAGCAAAGCCCUGCCCGAGGCUAAGCCGACUGAGCUGGAAACGAUCGAGGUUGUCGAGGGCACGCCUCGAGUAGCAGGAAACACCCUAGUGCGCAUCGGUGUGAGCACCACAAACGAGCGUCUCCGGCGCUGGUGUGUCGAGAAGGGCAAAUACUCGUUGCCGCUCAAUGUGAUCAUGGUCGAGAUGACCAUCGGUGGCACGAACGGUCCCAUCUGCCAUGGCGCAGGGCGGCAGCACCCGACACUUAGCGAUCUCGUCCGCAAGGUUGAGUAUGUUGAUUGCAACGGUAUGCUGCGCGUCGUCGAGGACUCAGAGCACCUCAGGGCGGCGAGCGGGUGCUUCGGCCUAAUGGGUGUGAUCACGCACCUCACGCUCGAGUUUCAGCCUAUGACUUAUGCGCUCAUGAACCCACAGAAGGUCCCUGUGACCCGUGCUGUCCCGCCGCCCGACGACAUGCGGGAGGAGGACAUUCCGCCCGCCCUGAGGAUCAAUAUCACGCCUGAACAGCGCAGGGCUGAUAUCGAGGCCUUUGAGAAACACUGCACCGAUGACUACUAUGUCGAGUACUUUUGGUUUCCCUAUGCCGACAAUUCUUGGGUCAACAAUUGGAACACCACGGAGGAUUCAGCCGGCGUGAUUGACUAUCCCAACGAGGCCGAGACAUUGUUCAUGUUCAUCAGCCAGUUUACGCUAAAUGUGCUGCAGUACUCCAAGGUCAUCAACGAGCUCAUCCAUGCUGUGGAUCUUGACACGGCGGCCGUGACGCUGCUGUCGCGCGCAGCGAUGCUUGCGCUCCCACACUGGGACAAGCCGGUCAAGACAUACCUCACAGACGCCCUGCACUUCCAGCGUGGGAUCCAGAACGUGAGGGUGCUGGACGUGGAGGUCGAGAUGCAGCUCCUGCCCAUGAAGGAGAACCCGAGCAGGCCAGACUUGCACCUGGUGCGGAGGGCCUGGUGGGAUGCGAUCCUGGAAUGCUAUCGACACAGCGAUACCUGCCCGCAGCGGAUGCCGCUCGAGAUGCGCAUCAUGGGCGGCAGUGAGGUGAUCAUGGCGCCGCAGAGGGGCAACAGCCUGGGCACAUGCUCGAUCGAGGUCCUCACCCUCGAGAAUGCGAAAGAUCUGUGGAAGCCGUAUGCCGAGGGGGUGUUGGCCAAGUGGUUGAACUACAGAGACGGCGAGGGCAAGCUGGUGAGGGCGAGGCCGCACUGGGCGAAGCAGUGGGCUGGGCUAGAGGUGGAGGGGAGGCCGUGGGUGGAGAAGUUGAAGGAGGUGGAUUACAGGGAUGAGAUUGUCGAGUUCAAGAAGGUCCUCGGCGAGAUCGGGAGGGCGCAUGGCUGGACGCUGGCGGAUCUGAAGAAGCGGUUCUCGAAUGAUGUGCUCGAUGGUUUGUAUUUUGACGAUGUUCAUGUUUAG